UCCCCUCGAUCGGAUCCUCAAGAAACGCCCUUUUAAAUCCAACCCCUCUUUACCCUCUCAACUUGCGUUUCCUCUUCCCACCAAACCUACAGUCCCCUCCUUUCUCUGUCUUUCAUACAAACAAACACACACACUCUCUCUCUCUCUCUCCUACUCUCUUUCGCUUCUACAAGCAGUCCUCCCAUGGCCACUGAAGAAACCAGUAACCCACCUCCACCUCAGCCGUCCCCGGCAGCUCCCCCACUCCCUCAGUACCCUGAGAUGAUUAUUGCGGCGAUCGAGGCUCUGAACGAUAAGAAUGGCUCGAACAAGUCGGCCAUCGCCAGGUACAUCGAGUCAACUUACACGGAUCUUCCGGCGGCUCACUCCACGCUGCUCUCGCACCACCUCAACAAGCUGAAACAGAGCGGCCAGCUCGUCCUGCUCAAGAACAACUACAUGAAGCCCGAUCCCAACGCGCCGCCGAAGCGUGGGCGCGGUCGCCCUCCCAAGCCCAAGGCGCCUCUGCCUCCGGGCGUCGCGAUGUCGCCACCAAGGCCCCGCGGCCGUCCGCCCAAGCCCAGGGACCCCUUCGCGCCGCCGCCGCCACCCAAGGCCAAGAGCCCCUCUUCCGGGACUGGCAGGCCCCGUGGUCGUCCACCCAAGAAGGCCAAGACGGCUGCCGCUUCGGCUCCGUCUGCGGCUCCGUCAGGCGGCGCACCCAGAGGAAGGGGAAGGCCGCCCAAGGUGAAGCCGGCAGUGGCCCCGGUUGGGUGUUGAGCUUAGCUCAGAGAGAGAGAGAGAGAGAGAGAGAGAGAAAGAGUUAGCUUUUUUUUUUUUUUUAAUUGUUUUUUAUUUUUAUUUUUAUUUUAGUUAGGUGUAGUUUUCUGCUAAUUGAUGUCUUUAUCUUUAUCUUUAUCCACUUUUUUGUCUCUUUAUUUAAUUUCUCUCUCUCUUUUUUUCUUUUUCUUUUUCUUUUUUAAUUAUGUGGUGGGUGUUGUAAGGUUGUAAUGUGGAGGUGGGUUUAAUGUGACUGUAAUUGAAUGUAAAUUGUUCAGCGGC